UAACGAUCGCAGAGUCCUGCCGCUUUUCGCUAUACUUACAACUAAACUCGAGAUAGAAAAAAAGGCAUCGGCAAAUAGAUCGACUCGCGAGAGAAAGAGAGAAAGAUAGAAAAAAAAGGGAGAAGAAGUUAUGUUGAAACUUUGUUAAAAGUUCGAAGGCGAGCGAUUGGUGCUGCAGGCUCUCGAGAGUCGGAGAGGAGCGAGUAUAGAGCUGCGGUUUGCGUCGAGUAUAUUACAGCCGGCGCGCAAAGAACCGGUAAGGGGGCAGUCGCAGUUCCAAGUGCGCCAGGACUACUUCUACUCCGGCGAACUCGCUUGUUCUACGUACGGACACUUCCUCGUCGCUUAUAGAUUCGCUCACCUACAUUCCCCUAUUUACACGAUAAUACACGCACGUGAGACAACAUGGGCGCCGUCGAGUAUGUCUCCGAGGAAGACACCUACGAGUGUCCUUUGUCCGAGGAGACUCAGAAGAUAGCCAAGGAGGAGUUGAGAGAGGACAAGAACACCAGGGACCAGGCCCUCGAGCAGGUCAGGAGCUGGAUCAAGCUGAACCCGCGUAUCGAGAAUAGCCGCAUGGACGGCAAGUUCCUGCUGAGAUUCCUGCGCUGCAAAAAGUUCAACGUUCCCAUGGCCCAGGAGGCGAUCGAGCGCUACCUGCUUCUGCGCCAGGUCUACCACCCCGCUUUCCACAACCUCGACAUCAACGAGCAGGUCAUGAGCGAGCUCCUUGAUCUAGGCUACAUCUUCGCCGUUCCCGGACGAGAUCACAAGGGUCGCCGCGUUAUAGUCGCAAGACCUGGAGUUUUCGACCCGUACAAGUACACCAACGCUGACAUGUGCAAGAUCCACGCGAUCACUUACGAAGCCCUGAUGGAGGACGAGGAGAGCCAGGUGCGAGGAUUCGUGCAUUUCGCCGACGGAGCCGGUGUCAGCUUUCCCCAUCUCACCCUCUUCACGCCCAAGGAGGCCGUGCGCAUCGUGAAAAACGGCGAGAAAACUCUGCCGAUGCGCCACAAAGAGGUCCACGCUAUCAACGCUCACCCAUCCCUCAAGUUCGCCCUGGACUUUGGCAUGUCGCUGAUAUCUGAGAAGAUCAGGAGUCGCGUUAGGAUUUAUACUAGCCUCGAUGAUGCCAAGAACAACAAAAUGGACACGAGCAUGCUGCCCAAAGAGUACGGCGGCACCAUGCCCAUGAAGGAAAUGAUCGAUCUCUGGCGCAAGGAGUUGCUGGACUUGCGACCAACUCUCUUGACCCACGACAAGAUGAGGGUCCGACCAGAACUCUACUCGGAGAAGGCUCGGGAAGGAGCCGUGUCAGCUCUCAAACAGGGCUUCGCAUGCUCCAGUGCUUCCAACGGAGAGUCGACGAUGCACGGGAUUUGUGGUUCCUUCAGAAAGCUCGAAGUUGACUGAUCUCUUUUUCUCAUCGAACCGCUACUCUCACAUUAGUACCUUUUUUCAAUCUUUCUCUUUUUAUCUUUCUCUAUAUCUAUCUUUACCGACAAACGUGUCUGUUGGAAUGGUUUCUAUACCUAUCUUUCGACUUCUAUUCUUCACUAUACUUACGUCGAUAUAGGAAAUAAAUACACAUUGAUGCACCUGUUGUGAUGGGGUUUUCCAAGUUCUACGUACACUCAUCGUUGUAUUAUCAUCGAUCGAAUAUGUCUAUUAGAGGUGCAUCGCUCGCCGAUAUCAUUGCCCAAGCGCUGAAUCACCUGUUCUUACUUAUAAAUAUUCUUUUUCUUACUUUUAAUCGAGAUGUUGUCUGCGACAUCGACCAUUGUACAAAAUACUUAGUGUUUAAGGGAUGUAUCCGUAGAUGUUAAUUUUAGUCAAUGUUGUAGUAAACAAUUGUAUUUUUCAUAUUAAACGCACAAAAAAAUAUUAUAAAA